GGGCGGCUUGACACUCAUCCACCAUUGGAAGGGGGGUCCACCGGACGUGCAGCCUAGUCCACACCGCCCGCCGGAAGACCGUACCCGCUGAGGCGACGACGCUCGAUCAGACGGCCAACGACACCCGGGGCACGUCCCAACCAACUCUGAGCAAUGACGUCUCCCUAACCUCAUCGUUUACGACUUCAAAUCUUCACCUAAAUUUCCCAAAAUACCCCCGUCUUCUUUAAAACUCCGACCCCCUUCUCCCAUCCUAGGCUUCCACGUCUCUCUCUCUCUCUCUGUUGUCUAACCUUCGUUUUUCUCUCUCUCUCUGGUUCUUGAUUACCAUCAGAUGCACCAGGUCUGCGGCGGAGGCGGCGAGGGCAAGGUCGCCUGCGAAACCCUUGCCGACGGUGGCGGCCGGCCGGAGGCGGCGGCGACGGAGGACCCGACCCUUCCGGCGGAGUCGAUCCGUGUCCGGAUCGGCGACGAGAUCGACUGGACGGACUUGAACGUCGUUUACGAUCGGGAUGAUUCGACGAAGGGGAACACGAAUCCGAAGGCGCAGCACUCGAGCGGUAAGCCGCCGAGGUCGAAUUCACAGCGGUUUUCCGGAAAUUUGAAGACGAAGGCGCCGAUCCUAGGGUUGCCGAACAAGCUCCAGCAUUCCGGCUACCUUGGCCGCAGCGCGCGGCGUCCCGCGAAUGGAAGAAUCUUCCCCAAGAAGAAGCCGCCCGGCGGGGGCGGCCGGAAGUCUGCGGUGCCGGAGGAGGAGCCGGGGUCGCCGAAGGUAUCGUGCUUCGGUAAAGUUCUCUCGGAAAGGGAGCGAGAGCGGUGCCGACAGCAGUGUCGGCAGUCGACUGCGGGGGCGGCGGAGGAGCGGGAGGAAAAGAAUAGCGGCUGCUGGGCGAGCCUCGCGGCGGUGUUCAGAUGCUCCGGUGGGGUAGAGCGGGCAGCGACGGUGGAGUCCGUGGAGGAGUCGUCGGCGUCGCCGCCGUCGGGCGGAGGUCCGGCGAAGGGGAGGGGGCUUUCACCGCCGGAUAUGGCUGCGCCACCGCCGGGGCUGGGGGGAAUGAGGCGGUUCUCGUCGGGCCGGAGGCCGGGGUCGUGGAGCGGUGACUUGGAUCUGGAGGCGGAUGGCGUUGGACACGUGGCGUGGUCGGGGCCGUUGGAUCGGGAGGGGACGUGGGCCCGCCGGUCGGUGGGUUCGUUGGAGGACGCGGAGCGGGACCGGGACUGGGAGAGCGAGGGUUCCGCCUCCGUCUGAACGGCCGGCGAAAAAAAGUUUGCAGACUUUUGGAGGUAUUAGGUCUUGAAUUGUUUCGGUACUCCUGAUGCAGAGGUGCUUGCAGAGCAGCUGCUUGUUCCUUGGUCAUCUGUCUUACCUUUCACAAGCAUAAAAUAGUUCCACAGACAUGCAAAUUAGAUGAUAGAGAAAAAAAAAAUUAUUUCUACUAUGUUGAAGGUUGGAGAGACACACAAAUACCUUGCCAAGGAUGCUCCAGAUGACAUUCUCGGUGCAUGGCGGUGUGGUGAGGGAUCCAAAAUACCUGUAGUACUUUCUACUGCGGCGUUUCAGGGCGCUUGCAUUCACAACUCCAACCGGAAUGCGUGCCUCUUCAUCUCCUUUGCAGGUCUCGUUAGCUAAUUCCUUUAGCUGCUUCUGUAUCUGUGAUCCGCCACAAAUCAGGUCAGUUACAACCAUGAGGGAAGAACAAGUGCUUUGAUCGAUCUCUCUCUCAAUGCAUCUUCUCCAACCACUGAGAUUUUGAUCACAAAUUGGUCACAACUCAUUAGAGGUAUUUGCGAGAAGCCUUUACCUGGACAAGGAAGGGGUCAUGACGGCCAUACUGAUACAGAAUUCCCACUACUGCAAUUUUUCCAUUGUCGCUCUUGUGGACCAUGUGAAGCUCCACUGGGAAUCUAUUAUUGAAAUGGUCAUCCCAUUAAAAAAAGAGAGAAAAAAGCAACAGACUCGAUACCAAAUUUAGAUUUAUUAUAUCAUUUGGUUUGCUAGGGUACCUAACUAGGAAGAGUUUUUAACUAUAAUGUUUUCUGUUGGCAGAGUUAUGCUAUGAAUUCUCCAUCAUAGCCCUAAGUUGUGCACCGUUGGAAAAGAUCCUUGACUUAAGGUUGCAUGCCAUCAUGUUACGUCAA